UUCAAACGCAACCCUCGUGUCGCGAAUUCCAGACAUUGUUUACAGAAGUGUCGGUGCAAAAAAGGCAAAGGUAUAAAUCGCGAACUGACAAUCGACCGCGAGCGGAUAUCGUCCAAAUGCGAUUCUCUCGCUUCCUUCCGGAAGGAUCGUCGGCCAAUGCAGAAAUUCAGUGCGAUUUAGUGAUUCUCUCUCCCUCCCCCGCCUCUGAGACUUUUUAAUCCGUCAUGCGACGUCGCGCAGCGCGUUGAACCAGAAAAAAAACCCGAGUCUCCAUCUAACCAUCUAACCUCAAAUUAAAUCCCAAACUCUGCUAAUAAAAAGUCUCUCCCGUUCCCCCAAAAUAAAAAGUUCCUUCCUCUGAGAAGAAAUUAUGCGAGAAUGAGAUAAAAGGAGAGAGACGAGAAAGUGGUUCCUUUUUGUCUAGCCAGUGCUCAAAAUCAGUCUAGUGUCCAGACUGGGAUUUUUUUAGUUUUUAAUCAAGUUUCGUGAAUCGGGAGUGCGACGAAGAGAAAGAGAGAGGGCGAGAGAGAGAGAGAGCUAGUGUGGUUCUUGUACCAAAUUCCCGGUGUCAACUCGAUGGGAUCCGAAUUCCUGACGUCACGGAGCCAAUAUGGCGUCUACAAUAAGCAGAUGGAUAAUCACGGCUGACUGGUAACCGGCGGACUCUCUCGUGGUGGCGCUGGCGUCAAGAUGGAUCAACUUCAGGCCGCCCUGGACCCCAGGAAGCAGGAACUGUUGGAGGCCCGCUUGCUCGGAGCUCGGCCGUCUGCAGGGUCACAGAUCCAGACGGGUCCCCAGUCCUCCGUAAACUCUGGUCAGUCCAUUCACAGUUCAGACUCUAACAUGAGCACGGGCUCAAACCACAGUGAUAAAGAAAUAGACCCCAAUACUCCCGAGAAAGUUCCUCGGACUCCCUCGGAGCGCAAGAGGAGACGCAAGGCUGACGACUCUGGCGGUGGUUCCGCCUCGACAAAGCUCUCCCGACCGAUGAUCCCCGACAAGAAAAUCAAUGACUUCUUCGCUAAGCCUCACCACUCGCCCCAGGCCCCACAACCCCUCGUCGACUUUGCUCUCAUGCAUCCACCGAGAUCUCAUCCCCAACUUCCACCCGGCGCUAUGGUCAACAAACAAAUGCAGACCGAGCUCACUUGCCAACUCAUCCAGGAACUCGAGACGCAAGCCUCCUCUGACCUCGAGCUCCACAACAACAAAAUCGACGAGCUCAAUCGGACCGCCGAGGAGCUCAGGCAUCAAGUGGCUAGUCAGAAGAAAGUGAUCGAGGAGCAGAAGCUGCAUAUUAAUAAGUGUAUAGACGUGGUUAAGAAGCUUCUCCAGGAGAAGUCAAACAUUGAGAAGAAGGAGGCCAGACAGAAGUGCAUGCAGAAUCGACUCAGGCUCGGUCAGUUUGUCACUCAGAGGGUAGGCGCGACGUUUCAGGAGAACUGGACCGACGGCUACGCCUUUCAGGAGCUCGCCAGACGCCAGGAGGAGAUUACAACCGAGCGUGAGGAGAUUGACCGGCAGAAGAAGUCCCUGCUGAAAAAGAGGCCCUCGAAUUCCGAGACAGGAAGGAAGAGAAAUCAGGCGCAGUCUGCCCUCCACAAUGGCACCGAAGCCACUUUUCUGAAGCCCGACGCAGUGCCUGGCUCAUACACAUGGCAGGAAUACUACGUGGCUGAUGAAAUUUUGAAAUUGCGGCAGAACGCGCUGAAGAAGGAGGACGCGGAUCUUCAAUUGGAGAUGGAGAAACUCGAGCGGGAGCGCAAUCUUCACAUUCGUGAGCUGAAGCGGAUCCACAAUGAGGAUCAGUCCAGGUUUAACUCGCAUCCGGUUCUCAAUGAGAGAUACCUGCUCUUGAUGCUGCUUGGCAAAGGCGGCUUUAGCGAAGUUCACAAGGCCUUUGACCUGAAGGAGCAGCGCUAUGUCGCCUGCAAGGUGCAUCAACUCAACAAAGACUGGAAGGAGGACAAGAAGGCAAAUUAUAUCAAGCACGCCCUCCGAGAAUACAAUAUUCACAAGGCACUCGAUCAUCCGCGGGUCGUGAAACUCUACGACGUCUUUGAGAUUGACGCAAACUCGUUCUGCACCGUUCUUGAGUACUGCGACGGUCACGAUCUCGACUUUUACCUCAAGCAGCACAAGACGAUCCCCGAGAGGGAGGCGAGGUCGAUUGUGAUGCAGGUUGUCUCUGCGCUCAAGUACCUCAACGAAAUCAAACCUCCGGUGAUCCACUAUGAUCUAAAACCAGGCAACAUUCUUCUAACGGAGGGGAACGUUUGUGGGGAGAUAAAGAUAACGGACUUUGGACUGAGUAAAGUGAUGGACGAGGAGAAUUAUAAUCCGGAUCACGGGAUGGAUUUGACGUCACAGGGUGCGGGAACCUACUGGUAUUUGCCGCCCGAGUGUUUUGUCGUGGGUAAAAAUCCGCCCAAGAUAUCGUCGAAGGUUGAUGUGUGGAGUGUCGGGGUGAUUUUCUAUCAGUGUCUCUACGGCAAGAAGCCGUUUGGGCACAAUCAGAGCCAGGCGACGAUUCUCGAGGAGAAUACAAUUCUGAAGGCGACGGAGGUGCAGUUUGCGAAUAAGCCGACGGUGAGCAAUGAGGCGAAGGGAUUUAUAAGGAGUUGCCUGGCGUACAGAAAGGAGGAGAGGAUCGAUGUGUUGGCGCUCGCGAAACAGGAGUAUCUGCAGCCGCCGACACCGAAACACGGCCGACAGGCGAAUAGUCAGCAGCAGUUGCAGCAGCAACAGCAGCAGCAGCUGCAGCAACAGACUUCGUUCACCACUGGGAUGUUCAGUGGGAUGAACGCAUCGAGCAGUUCGUAGUGAAUGAGAUCAGAUCGAGAGAGAUAGACACUGGAACUGAUUUAUUAUAAACUGAUAACUGAAAUGAGAAAGUGAAUGACAUUGUGUAAAAAUGGAAUUCAUGAUAUUGUGUAAAAAAAAUUGUAUGUUUUACAUGUUUUAUUGCAGAACAUGAGUUGUACGAAUGAGAUGCUUGAUUGCAAGUAAUGAAUGACUAAUAAAAGAACCUUGCAAAUAUUAUUAUCGUGUCACUUUACGUCGUCUGCUUUAGGUAAAGGAUAAUGAUAUUCAUUAAAGGUAUUUUACUUGUUGUAGGAAUGAAAUAUUUAUGAAACUGGGCGAAAACACUAUUGUAAAAAUUAAUAAACGACGCAUUCAUAGAUUAUGACGUUUUUUUACUUUCUUUUAUUUUGAGCUUUUUUUUUGACGAUGGUGAGUUUCGAAACUGUGAUUGGAGUGACAUUUAGGGUUUGAAUUUGUCGAAAGUUUGUAAGAACAGUGUUGAAUGUACAUUGAAAAUGUAGAACAACGUGGAUAUAUUAUUCGGAAAAAUUGUAGGACAAAAGCGAAAAGAAAAGUUUUGUUACUGGCGACAGUAAGAAAGUGUGUACUAACUUGGAUUUGCUUUGUGAUACAAAAACAACAUUUACUAAGGAUGUUACUUAUAGUAUUUUUUUUAUAGAAGUUUUGGAUUUCUUCGAAUGCUGAAAAGGAAUUUUCUUUCUUACGCCAUACACUAAAAUAUUGUAUCAGGGUGUGAAAAAAUCCAUUAAUAUUUGUCUAGACGAAAACUAAGGGCUUUCAAUUACUUUUAAGCGACUCAAAAUUUUGCAAGAACUCAUCGUUUUUAAUUUAGUGCCACGAGAAAAUGCUAAAAUUAAUCGAAUCAUUUGAGUGGAGAAAAAAAAGGUUGAAAUCAGUUCAUAUCUUGUGUUUGGUUUUUGAGUUUGAAACUUUUAAAAGUACCCUUUUAGCCAAAUUAUUGUGGCGAUUUAUUUAUAAAUAAAUUAUUAACAUCAGAAAUUUUCUGCAUAAAAUUGUAAACUUCCCUUAAUUGCAUUUUUUAUGCUCAUUUUUGUAUUGUCCACUAUUAAAAAUUCUCAUAAUUUUUAAUAGUGCAUAUGCAAAAUUUUAUGAAUUUUCAAAUUUAAAAUCCAAACAUAAGAUUUUGCUCGGCAAAAAAUGACACGAUUAAUUUCAGCGUUUUUAAUCCGCCCUUUUGUAUCUAAUUUUUCGAUUGUAAAAUCGUUUAAAUUUCAAGAAUAAAGGAACACUUUAUUUUUUAUUUAAUGGAAAUGUCAUAUUGGAUAGAAUGAAUAAUGGAUGAUCAGUAUGUAAAUUAUUUAAUAAUAAAACAAACACUUAAAUGGACUUUUUUUGUAUAUAUUUCUAAAGGAUGGAAUUAAUUUUUGAAAUGGCACUCUAUUAAAUAUAUAAUAAAAAAUUCUGAGAAAAUUCGGACGUUUUUAAAAUUUGUUUAUUGACUUUAUAAUGCAUAAUUAAAAGAAAAAACGACUUAAUUGGAGCUGUCGUAUUUCUGACCUACAGAUCAAAAUGUUGACUUUUAAACAUUUUCUUUCAAUCUGUAAAAGAUCAGGAUGUUUCUUAAUACCAAAAACUAAGAGGAUUCCGUUUCAGCAUUUGUAAAAAUACAAAAAAAAAA